AACGCCUCUCCCCCUCUCACUCUCUUACUAUUUUUGAAUGUUCAAAAAGAAUUCUUUGUUUCUCUCUCUUCACUCACUCUCUACCCUGUCUUCGACGGUUCUAACGGACCCCUCCCCCUACUCUCUUUAUUGCGCUCGCCGUUGUCACGCUCUCCGUUUUAACUAUCCCAGCUAACAAAAUUCUCUUUCCUUUAAAUAAAAUUGCUCAAAUUUUUAAUUUUCUUUUCUUUUCAAGACAUGGAUUUUCCAUUUUUGUUCCUUUUUUCUUUGUUUUACUGAUGAGUAUUUUGGAUCCUUUUUCUCUCUUCCUAGCUUGCUUUAUUCCGCAUUAUCUGUCUUUUUUUCGUUAAGGAAAAGGAGCGUUUGUUUUUGUUUUCUUUGUUAAAUGAGUGAAAAUGGAGACAGUUCGGCAAGGGAGGCCUAAGAUUUCGAGCUUAUCUGCUGAUCAGAGCUUAACCGAUUUACUUCCUUCAACUGCCCCUGCUUCCUUAAGAGGAAACAGGCAGCUUCAAAAGCAGAGUAAAUUUUCAAAAUUGGCAUCUGAUUCUAGUUCCUGCAGUAGUGGUACUACAGACGAAGAUCAGUUAAUGUUUGAGUUUGGUUGGAGAUCGUCAAAACAAUCAACUGGGACCCCAAUGAAGAAGUUGUUAGCACAAGAGAUGUUGAAAGAAAAUGAAUCUAGAAGACGAGCACCAAGUGUGAUAGCAAGAUUGAUGGGCCUUGAUGGGAUGCCACCUCACCAGCCCGGCCACAAGCAGCAAAAGAGAACUGAGAUUAGUCAAGAGAAAGGUCAAAAGGGUGGUACAUUCUAUAGCCGGCGAUCUUCUACGAAAAGCUCAAAAGAGGAGCAGGAAUUUAAAGAUGUUUUUGAAGUUUUAGAUGCAUCAAAAGUGGAGAGCGCUGGUUACUUAUCCGAAAGGACCGCAAACUCAAAGCUUUCUGAUGCUGAGGUGGCCUUUAUUCAGCAGAAGUUUAUGGAGGCUAAACGUCUUUCAACAGAUGAAAAGCUUCAAGAUUCAGAGGAAUUCAAUGAUACCCUUGAGGUGUUAGACUCCAACACGGAUCUUCUGCUGAAAUUCCUUCAGCAACCAGAUUCAUUAUUCACAAAGCAUUUGCAUGAUCUGCAAGGUGCGCCAUCCCAGUCCCGUUGUAGUCGAAUAUCAGCUAUGAAGUCAUCACACGCUCUGAACAAUGAAAAUGGUCGCUUAGGCCGAAGAACAGGGAGAGAAACACAAUUGAAGCGCCACUGCAAAUCUCCUCAGGCUUAUCAAGAAGAUCAUUUGAGUCACUCUUAUGGAAGAUAUGCUACUCACAAUCCCCCCAAGUCACCUAUGGUUCAAUUAGAAGAGAAAAAUGGGCCAGCUAUUGUACCCACAAGAAUUGUUAUCUUGAAACCAAAUCUUGGGAAGUUACAAAACUCUACCAGAACUGCUUCAUCACCUUGUUCUUCUCAUCAAUUUCCUUCUGAUUGCGCAGGACACUCUGAAAUUUUGGGUAUCCAAAAUACGGAGGCAGAAAUAUGGGGCAAGAAUAAGGUUAACCAAUAUAUUGGGUUUUCAAAGCAUAAUUCAAGAGAGUCUAGGGAAAUGGCAAGGGAGAUUACUAGGCAAAUGAAAAAUAGCUUUAGCAAUAGUUCGAUGAAAAUUUCAACCCCCAGGUUUAGAGGAUAUGCAGGGGAUGAGAGUUCAUGUGAUAUAUCUGGAUCUGAAUCUGCAAACGAUUCAGAUGCAACAACAGUGUCUUUCAGGGAUAACAUUGGCCGGAAUAAGCAACAUAGGAGGUUAUCAUCCCGUUCUAGUGAAUCAUCAGUUAGUAGGGAGGCCAAGAAGAGACUAUCUGAGAGGUGGAAAUUAACACAUGGGUUGCAAGAGGUGCACAUAGUUUGUAGGGGCAGCACACUGGGUGAAAUGCUUGCCAUCUCAGAUAGGGAAGUGACCCCAGCAAAUUCUAGUGGCCUGGUUGGUGUGGAAGGAUGCAGUGAGAUUUCUAAUCAUGUUGGGCCAGCAGUCUGGAAUGAACCUUUAGGUAUUAGCAGUAGGGAUGGUUGGAAAGAUGGAUGUCUUGGUAAUCUUUCAAGAUCAAGAUCUCUUCCUGCUUCUUCUACUGACUUUGGAAGUCCAAGAAUAAGCACACGUCAUGAAAGUCUUCGCAGAGACAAGUAUGUGAUCCCAAAAGAGGGUUUCAAGUGGGACAGAAAAAAGGCAGUAAAAGGCAAUUUUAAUCAGCGGGAAGCUCCAUUUCCUAGCAACCAAAGAUCAUGUGUUAAGAAAUCUCAAUUUCUGGGUAUUAGUUCUAGUGGUAAUAAGGAAAAUAGCGAUGCUUCACCAGAGUUUGAUAUCACCCCAUAUCAAGUAAAGCAAAAUUUAGAAGGGGAUAAUCAAUCUGAAUACAAUCUUAUGGUCUCAGGGCCAUCUGCUAGUACUGCCAUGGAUUCAAGUUCGGUUCUUAAAAAUGCAUCUGAUAUCAACGAUCAGAAUAUGAUUGUGCUUUCUGAACCAUCUCACAUGGAACUAUCAGCUCCUGCUUCAUUUAAUGCUCAUGUUUCUACUGGUGACCUGGAUAAUUUGGACUCCCAGGAACCAUCGGAGGGACCAUCUAAACAAACCACAUUGCAAUGCCCUGUAUCUGAACUAGAAUCACGAGCGAGCUCUAAGGAGGCAGAGCAACCCAGUCCUGUUUCUGUUAUAGAAGCUCCUUUUACAGAUGAUUUAUCAUCUGGUUCUGAAUGCUUUGAGAGUAUUAGCGCUGAUCUCCAUGGGCUUCGGAUGCAACUUCAACUAUUAAAACAAGAAUCUGAGGCAUAUGAAGAGGGAACUAUGCUUCUUUCAAGUGAUGAUGAGGGUGAUGAAGUAUCUGUUGGGUUUGCCGAGGACAAAGGGAUACCAAAGACUGAAGAGAAUUGGGAGUCUGUGUACAUUGUUGAUGUCUUGGUUGAUUCUGGAAUUGAUGGAGCCGACUUGGAUGCAUUCUUAGCAGCAUGCCAUUCUCCAGAAUGUCCAGUGAAUCCGUUAGUAUUUGAAGAACUUGAGAAAAAGUAUUGUAAUCUAAAUUCUUGGUCAAGGGCUGAAAGGAGGUUGAUGUUCGAUAGAAUUAACUCAAAGCUACUGGAGAUCUAUCAGCAAUACAUGGACCAACACCCAUGGGUGAAGUCUGCAAGAAAACUUACUCCACAAUGGAGCAUGAGAGAACUUGAAGAUAGCCUGCGCAAGUCUCUAGUAAGCCAAAACAAGAAACUGCAAAUGGAUGCAGGAGAGAUGGUGCUUGCAGGGGAAUGUCAAUGGUUAGACUUGAGGGAGGAUAUUGAUGUAAUAGGUAGGGAAAUCGAGAGAUUGUUGGUAGAUGAACUAGCAGCUGAGAUAGUGUCAGGGUAGUAAGAUGGUUUUGGUUUAGAAAGUUCACAUAUGCAUAAUGAUGGAAUGAUGGAAUGAUCAUUUCAUGGCUGUAUAAGUAAGUUCUAAAUCUUUACACCAGCAAGAAUUAUCGAAAAGCAGAGAUUAUCAUGCUGUUUGAAUUUCCUCUUUUCACUAUUUCGGUCGAAGUAUAAAAAAGGUCUGAAUUUGAGAGAAUCUAGAUAAAAUAGCAAAAUGAUGACUGCUGAGUUUGAUGCAGGUUUCUUACACAUUCUGUAAUUCCUAAUCGUUUUAAGUAAU